AUGACGUCAUAUGUCACUAACUUUCUUCGCGGAAAGCGGCGGAAAGCUGAAUCGAAUUCUGAAGACACUACCGGGGCAUCGUCAUCUUCCCAAUUUCCACCUCGCCCACCAUCAUCAUCGGGUCAAUCGACAUCGACGUCAUCAGCGGUUCUAAGUCACUCAUCGACAGCUUCUUCGAUGAAUUUCCUCACGCCGUCAUCUGCCACGUCACCAUCCACGUCUCGUCCAUCUGGCAGACAUAAUGGAACGGUUUCUGAGCGAGUUGCCGGACGACUGAGAAGUGGUGGAACCGGCGUGCCCCCUGAAGCGUUUGGUGGUGGAUUUCCGGGACAUCGGAGACAGCACUCGAGUCCUGGACACCUACAACAAUUCCAACAACAACUUCAAAGUCGUCAGGAGGAGAUCAACGCCAGAAUCGCGAGUAGACGUCAGCCAAGGGAGAUUCCGUAUGAUCCGGACGCGCGACCACCUAAGUUCAAGUCACGGAGUCCGUUCUCUCAAAGCAAACUACACCUACAACCCAAAGACUUUCGUUUGGUGAUCAUGGAGAAUCCGAUUUACGUCCUCUACGACUCCAAAACCAUCGUACGGAUUGGCGACGACGGUCACGAUUCAGACGCCACCCAAUCGGACUGCAAACUCUUUGAUCAGUAUAGGAAACGAGCCGACUCGUUCAAAAUGACCAAAAUGGUGUUUGGGUCGGGCUCGUCUAGUGAGGCGUUUCGUCUUCAUGUUUGGGAAGAAAAGAAAGUGCUCCUCGUCAGCAAAUCGUUCCGAAUGCCCAAAUACCGUAUGCCCGACGACGCCAUCGAUAGACAACUGAAGGCGGAGAAGAAGGCGCGAGAGGAGAAGAUCAAAAAAGAGAAAGAAGCGAAAGAGGCGGCGGCUCGACUGGCAGCCGCUGAGCUCAAGCGAGCUCGUGAUUCAGGAUCAACAACUCGUUCCGGAGCGUCUUAUCAGGCGAUUCUAGGCCCAGAUGGUCUCCCAAUCGAAGAACCUCCAGCAAAAAAGGCCGCCACAACGCCGGUGGAGAUUCCAGAAGAGGAUGACGACGAUCCGAUAGAUGACGACAGAUCCCCGCCUGCAAAACGACCGAAAUUCAUACGCGUCCCUGAAGCGCCAUCAUCAGAUUCGGACUCCCAGAGUACAGUAACCUCGAUGGAUGGUUGGAGAACACGAACCACGAAUUCUAUCAUGACGACGCCUGAAGGAUUCAAUAGAGUACGACACGCGUCGUGGAACUAUGGAGCCGACGAGGAUUCAGAAUCCCAACUAUUCGGAUCUGCGGGAUCCUCGAUGAGCCUACCAAGGGCGUUCUCGCCGCCACAUCGAAUCGCAAGGAAUCGAAGAAGACAGAUGGCGGUGACCACUAGUUUGAGUGAGACUUCAUCCACCACCCAAACCCCGAAUGGAAGUAUCAAAGGAGGACGUUCUCGUGUGUGUUCCAUCUCCACAAUUCCAGACGACGAUCAUCCGUGGCCGCUGGUCCGUUGGCGUACUGUAGCCAUUGGAAUCGUCGUCCCAUUCAAACAUCGCUCGUUUCUAUUCCAACACAUUCCGGUCAUCGAGGCUGAAAUGGCUGUCCUAGAGGCGCGAAUCAAGAAAUCAGCCUCACGAAAACGAGUUUUCAUGUCUUAUAUGUACAAUUCAUGGGGAGAAAUGAUGGAGAAAAUGUGUCAGAUAUACAAUGCACCGAGACUCGAACUACCGUACUGGUUGGCGUUGAAUGGAAAGUGUCAACUGGAUGAAAGGACCCUGGCUGUGGAGUUUUGUGAACAUUUGGCAUAUUUGGUUAGGAGAUAUGAUCGAAAGGAGACGGGAUUUUUCCUAUCAAAUUUGGUCACUGCUCUCCUAAUGCACCAUAUGUCAUGGGUUGCCAGCGUCGCAGCUCCGCCUCUCGCUUCUGCCGCCGACGCUAGAAGAUCCCAACAGAAUCUGUUCUUUGGACUGGGCGUCAAAGACGAUGCUCCAACGAUUGGGUAUAACGCUCUGAUGGCUCAGUAUCUGGAAAUUUCGGGAUCUUGUGGGAAUGUUCGCUCGGCGAAAGUCUGUAUUCUUGGAGACGACGUGGAGAUCAUGGCGGCGAUUCUGUCGACGCUCUCCUUCUUCAUUCGAUGCUCGGCGGUUAGACAUAUUAACAGCGACGAGAACCUCGAAGUGCCUACCGAGCAACCGUUCUCCCCGUGCGACGCCACCACUGGAUCUCCAGACGCCACGUGUCAACACCAACACGUCCCCAUCGAUAACAACGGACCAUCGACGUCAUCAGCCAUCCCACAGCCAUCUACAGUAAUCAUAGAUCGCUUCCAACUGCAUCCAGAAGAGACGUCUUCGGUGAAAAUGAUGCGAAAAUUGAGGAAAAAUGUGUUGAAGGGGGAAACUGAGGCAGCGGCGGCGGCGGCUGCUAAAACGACGUCAGAGCCAUCGGAGAUUGCUGGAGAGACUGUGCUUCUGACGUCGUCUGAUUCGGCGUCAGCGGAUUCGGAAACCCCCGUGGAUUCUGCGAUGGAAAUUGAGGAUUACGCGAUGAUCAGUGAAUCUACUGAUAUGUACACCCCGGGAACUGAAAACGAUCGAUCGCUGGCGCGAUCGAUGUUCGCUGGAACGCUGGAAGACUUUUGUCCGCAUUUCGUGCUCUCUGCGGUCACAAAAAGCGAGGCGGACAUGUCGGAAGUUUAUUCGAAAAUGUUCGACGAAAUGAAAUGCAACGAACGACCAUCAAGAGACCUCCGCCCAUCGACAUCAAAUGUAAUUCAACAUCACUCCCUAUCCACGUCUUCACAAUCCACGUCAUCUCUGUACGAUUCGGCGACACCGGAGAACUUCCUUAUCGUUGCUGAUAUCGAUAACGCAACUGUGAAAGUAUUGUCUUCUGAAGGCCUCGACGAAGUGACGUCACCAUCUGAAUGCGUUGUUGGCAUGUUGGAGCAAUUUGUUGGAAUCUACGGAACGAUGCCGUCGACUGCCGAGUUUUUGGUUGGAAUUUUGGAAGAUUCCCUGGCACAUAUUGUUGGGAAGAGUCUGACACUUGUCGAGUUGGUUCGCAGUGAUCAAUCGAGAAAUCCCGCGUCGAUCCAACUGACUCCGGAUCGUGUCCGCACCAUCAUCGGCUGCGAUCAUUCGGAUCUUCGACUGAUCGUCAACGUGGCAGCCGUCUACUGGCCACCUGUAUUGCAGUCUGUAAUGGGAUGA